UCCAUUUUUUGAUUUUAUUUUAGUUUGAUCAUUUUCUUAUUCAAAACGUAUAAGAUUGAUCCCUGAAUAAAGAAAAAGAGAUUAGGUGGUAAAAAAAUUGUAACUUGAACCAUCCAGAACCUUGUUUGUUGAUUGAUUUUGGAUUAUAACAUUAAUGAUAACAAAUAAGGAAUAACAACAGCCACGACAAGAAAAGUGAAAAAACUGUUUGUUUUUUUCUUGCAAUGAUAAUAAUGAUCCUUAGAGAAAAAAAAAUUUCAAAACAGGUUCCACAAGUCUUAUGAGUCAGGCAUGUGAAUUAUCAACGAAAUUAUUGUUGCUGUUGUUCAUCGUUCGUGGACUUUCAGAGGUGGACGUAUAUGAGUAAAGAGAAAGUGGUGAUAUCGUAUAUAUGCAUCUAUCUAUGUGGUUGUUUUUAAUGCAUCAAAGAUUGGCAUAGUUAUCGAGUAACUAAUUAUAAUUAUUAUGAAACAACAAAUAAAAGUACGAAGUGCAUUUGGUCAUUUUAGCAGAAAUCUGCCAAGACAUCAUCCCUGUUUUUUAAAAGUAUUUUCGUGUCAUAGUUGCCUGAGUCGUAAAAUUUUUUUUCCAUUCCCCAUCAUAUCGUCGUCGAUUAAACAAGCUCGUGCAAUUCAUUCUACAAAAAACUUUUGUUUGAAUUUGUUGAAUUUUAACUCUUGUGUCUCAUCGUAUCAUCAACGGAACAUGUCGAGUAAUCGUAAAGUUUCAUCAGAUAUGAACGCUUUCCAGGACCAGUUAAAUAGGGCCAGUAAAAUUGUGGCUUUGACUGGUGCUGGAAUUAGUGCCGAAUCUGGUAUUCCAACUUUUCGUGGUGCUGAUGGUUUGUGGCGUAAACACAAAUGCGAAGAAUUGGCCACACCUGAAGCUUUUGCCAAAGAUCCAGGUUUGGUUUGGCAAUUUUACGAAUAUCGACGACAAUUAGUCUCGUCGAAGGAACCAAAUUUGGCACAUAAAUCAUUGUCAGUUUUAGAACAAAAUUUUCUUCGUGAUUCACCACAACGCCAAGUAAUUGUUGUUACACAGAAUGUUGAUGAACUACAUCGUCGUGCUGGAAUGAAACGUGUACUUGAACUUCAUGGAUCAUUAUUCAAAACCAGAUGCACACAAUGUAAAGCUGUCAAAACUAACUACAAUAAUCCGAUAGUUCCCGCUUUGGAUAAAAUCGAAUUAGAUGGAUUAGAUCGUCAUAUUGAUCCAAAAGAUUUACCACGUUGUGAAAAAUGUACUGGCCUUCUUCGUCCACACGUUGUUUGGUUCGGAGAACAAUUGGAUCCAUUCGUAUUGAAACAAGCCGAAGGAUUGAUGAGUGUUACGGAUUUCUUAUUGGUCAUUGGUACUUCAUCUGUUGUUUAUCCAGCUGCAUCAUUGGUACCACAAGCAGCUACACGUGGUAUAACUGUUUCCGAAUUUAAUAUCGAACAGACUGCUGCUUCUGAAUAUUCAAAAUUCUUUUUCAAAGGUCCAUGUGCUCAAACAUUGCCAAAAGCAUUACAAAUUGGCGAAACAAUGAUUUCACAUUGGGGUUAAAUCAUCAACACUAGAAGAUAGAUGGCAUAACUGGUUUUAGGAAAUAAAUGAAAAAAAUAAUUCAUCUAAUAUAACAGCAUUAUCAUCAUUACUUUUUGUCGUUGAUCAUCGUUCUGAAGGCAAUCUAAAUAAUUUCAACUUUCUUAUAAAAGAAAAAUGAUUUCCUUAUUUUUUUUCUAUUAUUGAGAAAAUAAUUUAAUAAAAUAAUUGUAUUUC